AUGCUCAAUCGAACCAAAAGUUUUCAAGAUUGUAAGGAAACAGAAGUUCCAGGGUACAAUGAUUGCCCUAACUUACUAUUUCGGGUAAAUAGUAGUAAGCGUUCGGUUUCGUCCAAUCAAGUGGACACGUAUGGGAAUACUAAACCAGCUGCAGCACCACCUCCUUCUAUUAAGAGGUCAAUUGCAACAAAAGCAACUGAACUCCCAUCGAAGUCGAUUGUGAAAACUAAAGAAGAGGUCAUGACAGAGAUCCAAGCACUCCUAAACAGAGAAACAAAACUAUCCCCCGGUGAGUUCGAGUUUUAUAAGAGAAAGUUCAUGACGAAUAUUUCCAAGAGUUUAGAAAAUGAACACACGCGCCUUACCUUGGCAGAAAUACUUUCCCACAUUUCUGAGAAGGACCAGGCAAAGAAACUCAUUACUGGCUGGAUGGUUUCGGAUACUUCAAUAAGUAGCUGGUGCCCUGCAUUUCGCAAAAUUGUUGAAAACGUCAUUAUAUGA